AGGGAUGUGGUUAAUUCUGUAUCUUUGUUUGUUCCUGUCUUGCAACUGUAUCUCUGUAGCUCUGAUGGCCAGUUCAGGUACCUGUAAGCUGCAGGGACACUUUACACUGAAUGGGAUGUACCAGGAUGGAGACUUUCUCAUUGGUGGUUUGUUUGAGGUUCAGUACCUCAAAGCAUUUCCAGAGCCGAGUUUCAGAAUGGAGCCAAAACUACCACGUUGUGAGCUCUUCUAUAUGACAAGCUUCCAGGAGGCACGGACAAUGGUUUUUGCCAUCAAUGAGAUUAAUAACAAUCCCAGUCUGCUGCCUAACAUCACACUUGGUUACCAGAUCUUUGACAACUGUUUAAGGCUUGGAGUGGCAUUCCGUGGUGCCAUAGCUCUGUUUAGUGGGACAGAGGAGACUGUCUCUGACCUCAACUGCAAAGGUCCACCACCGGUGAUUGGAAUCAUAGGUGAUCCAGGUUCUACUCAUUCUAUUGCAAUUUCCAGUGUCCUGGGGCUGUUUCGAGUGCCUAUGAUUAGCUACUACGCCACCUGCUCCUGUUUGAGUGACAGGAAAAAAUACCCCUCUUUCUUCAGAACAAUCCCCAGUGAUGCCUUCCAGGUGCGGGCUAUGGUUCAGAUCUUGAGGCAUUUUGGAUGGACCUGGGUUGGUCUCAUCUACAGUGAUAAUGACUAUGGUGUCUACGCUGCUCAGUUGUUCCAUCAGGAAAUGCAGCUGUUUGGACAUUGUGUUGCUUUUUCUGAAAUUCUGCCCAAUGAUAACAACCCCAGAGAUAUUCAGCGCAUAAUGGGAGUGAUUCAGGCCUCUACAGCUAGAGUGGUGGUUGUUUUUUCCGCUUCAUCCUUACUGAUACCUUUGAUAGAUGAGGUGGUGUUGCAGAACAUGACAGGCAGGCAGUGGAUUGCAAGUGAAGCUUGGGCCACUUCACCCAUGUUUCACACUUCACGUUACCACCCAUUCCUGGGAGGUACACUGGGCAUUGCUAUAAGGCAUGGAGAGAUACAGGGGCUACAGGACUUUCUGUUACAUCUUCGUCCCAACAUUGAUCAAAGAAAUAAUAUGUUGAGAAUCUUCUGGGAGAACAUGUUUGGGUGCAGGUUUGAAACUGAGAGUAAAGAGACAGAUGGAGAGCAAGUGAAAAGAUUCUGUACAGGACUGGAGGAUCUGAGCACCACAAACACACCAUACACUGAUGUUUCAGGGUUGAGGUCAUCUUAUAAUGUAUACAAGGCAGUUUAUGCCCUGGCACAUGCGCUUCAUGACCUGAUACAGUGUGAGAAAGGGAGAGGACCAUUCAGUGGGAACAGCUGUGCCGACAUGUCAAAUCUAAAACCCUGGCAGCUGGUUCACUACCUACAGAAAGUGAACUUCACCACAGGCUUUGGGGAUCAUGUGUCAUUUGAUAAGAAUGGAGAUGCUCUGGUCAUCUAUGAUGUGUUAAACUGGAAACCAAGCUCUGAUGGUACAAUAAGGUUCCACAAGGUCGGUGUAAUAAGUAAAGGGGCAGCACCAGGGAUGGUGCUCAUGCUGGAUGAGGAUGCAAUAUACUGGAACUUUCAGAAUAAAAAACCCCCACGGUCUGUGUGCAGUGAGAGUUGCCCCCCAGGAACCAGACGAGCCACAAAGAAGGGCCUUCCUGUCUGCUGUUUUGACUGCCUUCAAUGUGGAGAUGGAGAGAUUUCCAAUACAACAGAUGUUACUGAGUGCAUAAUGUGUCCAGAUGAGUUCUGGUCCAGUCCAAAUAAGGACCAGUGUGUCCCCAAAGAAAUAGAGUUUCUAUCCUAUGAGGAUCCUUUGGGCAUCUCUCUGACCACUGCAUCUCUACUUGGCACCUGCUUCUGUGCUCUUGUGUUGGUCAUCUUUGCUUAUCACCGUCACACUCCUAUAGUACGUGCCAACAAUUCAGAGCUCAGCUUUCUGCUGCUGUUGUCACUCAAACUGUGUUUCCUGUGUGUGCUGCUGUUUAUUGGCAAGCCACAAUUGUGGACGUGUCAGUUAAGACAUGCUGUGUUUGGCAUAAGCUUUGUCCUGUGCAUUUCCAGCAUCCUGGUCAAGACUAUGGUGGUAAUAGCUGUGUUCAAGUCAUCUCGACCAGAGGGCAAAGGAGCAAUGAAAUGGUUUGAAGCAGCUCAACAAAGGUGCACUGUUCUGGUCUUAACAGCACUCCAGAUUGUGAUAUGUGUAGUCUGGCUAUCAACUGCCUCUCCAGUACCUUAUAAAAACAACCAGUAUAUCCGCUCUAAAAUAGUAUAUGAAUGUGCUGUUGGCUCAGUGGCUUGUUUUUCAGUGCUUUUGGGCUAUAUUGGAAUUUUGGCAGCAGUAAGCUUCCUGUUAGCCUUUCUGGCAAGAAAACUUCCAGAUAAUUUUAAUGAAGCUAAGUUCAUCACUUUUAGUAUGCUGAUCUUCUGUGCUGUGUGGAUUACAUUUGUUCCAGCAUAUGUGAGCUCACCAGGGAAAUAUGCAGUUGCUAUGGAGAUAUUUGCCAUCCUGGCUUCCAGUUUUGGAUUACUGGUAGCCAUAUUUGCCCCAAAGUGCUACAUCAUCCUUUUACAUCCAGAGAGAAACACUAAAAAAGCCAUCAUGGGGAGACAAACACAGAAAUAA